AUGGCCGUGGGCACGGGGGCCUCACUGCCCUACGAUGAUCUUGUCGUAUCAGUACAGAACUUCCUCACCAAGCUGCAGUCUGCAUGCUCAGCUAUGUUCCCUGACUUCAACCCACUGGCUGUAGCGGGCGUCGCGGGAAGUGCGGUCCUGGCAGCUAGACUAGUUGCCGUCGCGGCAGCUGCUCACCUAGACAACCAUCACGAUGAGGAGGUUGAGAGACUACUACGGCCGUGCGAGAUGAAGAUCCGGCAGGCUCUGAGCGCUGGUGGUGACACGAUGUCCUUCCGCCCAGCUGCUGUCGAGGCACAUGAGGAGACUCGUAUCAGAGCUCUAGAGAAGUCGGUCUUCGCAUCCAGGAGUGAAGGUGCUCCGAGCGACCUCGUCUGCGAGUGA